AUGAGGGUGGUGGAGGAGGGUGAUGAGGAGGUGUGGAGGGGGGUGCAUGAGGAGGUGGUGGAGCGGGGUCAUGAGGAGGUGGUGAGGGGGGUGAUGAUGAGUGGGAGGGGGUGCAUCGAGGAGGUGUGGAGCGGGUGCAUGAGAAGUGUCCGUAGGAAGAGAAGUCACAUGGGCAUCGGGGCGAGGGGAGAGAGGAGGGCAAGGAGAGGGGGGAUAGGGGUGACCAUCAGGCGUCCUGCAGGGGGAGACAGAGCGGCAAGCCCCGAGUGGGAGAAGCUGUUGAGGGAAGGUUGGUGCUCUCGGCUGGAGCCAGGAGAGGCUGGGGAGCCUCUCGUCCUCGCGGCCUUGGCAGGGAAGGAGAGCGGACAGGCGACAGGUCUCUUUGCCUCACGGCCUCCCUGUAGAAAGGACUCAGACCCGCGGUGGGCUACCCAAUCCGCUAGUAUAGGUAAAGGCUCGUUGUGGUCCAUAGAUCCAGAAUACAGACACAACCUGAUCCAGGCCUUGAAGAAGACCCCGUACCACCCCUACUCCCCGGGACUGGUUACCCCCUUCACCUCUUCUCCCACCUCUCCUCAGGCAUAUCACAGUCCUAUACUUUGGCCAAGGAGUCCCUUCUUCAGAAAGAAUGGAGUUCUCUUACAAGUUUCUCAAGGYGUGAUCCAAAAUGGGGCCUGCGUCAGGAGCCAUUGUCUGUUUCCUGUCAUCCGACCCCUACCCAUUAGCCCCGUGGGCAGAAGGCCCACUGCGAUAAGGUCAGCUCUGGGGGACUACCUGACCCCCUGUGACUACCCCUCCCACCCUCCCAGCGACGACCUCCAGGAGGACCACAACUACAGCAAUGCCAAAUCCCCCAGCAUGCCCUGCUCUUCCCAGGGGCCCUCCGUGUCCGACGAAGACGAUGACAUCAUUGCAGUGGAGGUGGGAGUCCACCGAGGGGUCAAAUCCGAACCUAAAGAAGUCCCACUGGACUCUGCCUCCGUCUCCUUCCUAUCCCAGCAUGCCCGGCGACGGGGACUGCCCUGGACCAAAAACCGCCUGCGGGCCCUGGGUGACACGCUGCCGCUGAAGAAGCGCCGCUCGGCAGCAUCCGCGGAGAAGCCGCCGUUGGAGAGCGAUGAUGAGGAGAUGAAGGAGGCGGCUGGGUCGUUGCUCCACCUGGCAGGCGUCAGGGCUUGCCUCAACAACAUCACAAACCGAGCCAAGGCUGCUCAGAAAGAGAAGGAGCAGAAAGAGGCCCUCAGAAACUAACUAAUGCCAGGCCAUAGAGAGGCCUACACAUCAGGCCUGUAUACCUGGCCUAYACACCUGGCCAGCACACCUGGCCUACACACCUGGCCWRCACACCUGGCCWRCACACCUGGCCWRCACACAUAUCSCCAUGGCCUAGAAAGUAAUAGCUGAGACACGCCACAAAGACCAACGGCUAAAAGCAGCGGGUUGGCGUGGUGUGUUGCAAGGUGUGUUAGCAAUCACCUGCUGGGUGUUGACAAAUGGUGGAGAUUCAACGUAGAAACGUUGUGAAAUGAACAGAAAAGGACGGCAGAUAUUCUGGUCAGAGUAGAUAGGAAGGACACCAGCUGCUUCUAACCAUUGGUGGUGUGUUGUGUCUCAGAUGCCUGAUUCCCACUAUAGACCCAAACUAAAGCCUAUACUGKGCUGGCUCUGAACAUUUAUUUUCAGAUURUCCUUUCCAGCAUGGUUCCAGCAGCAACUAUGGUGGAUGAGGGUAACCAGGCCAGGAAGCUCCAGUACAUCUYGGCUUGGCUCAGCUCAACUUUGGCUUCCAUAGUGUGAACAGGGUAUAUGGACAGGCCUGAGCACAGAGGCCUUCAGUAGGACUACACGCCAGGUCUACACACUGACCUAUCAACCACCAACGGGCCAAGACAUAGAACUCUAUUCAAGCAUUAGUCUCAAUAGACAUUACUUCAUCUAUCUAUCUCUCUCUAGAUUUCUCUAGCUCUCUUUCUCUCCUCCAGGGGCAUUAGGAGAAUCCUACUUAUUUGUGGCAAUAUCAAAAAUCUCUGUUUUCCUAUACGUUUCCUAUAUGUUUCAACGCUAACUCUGAUGGGUAAUUGAUUCUYAUGUGUCUCUGUUGAUGUUUUUAUGUUGUGUAAAGGGGAUGCAAGCCAUAGAAAAAUAUGUUUUGUCACUAAUUAGGGAAAAACAUAGUAGAAAAUGUAAUGUUUGAAGAGAAUAGCUGACCGUUUUGUGUAAUCUGUAAGUGUCAGAGGUUACGUCUGUGAAUCUGUAGCAAAUGUCCAGUAAUGUAAGCAAGGAAGUUGAGCCAAUAAUACUUACAGUUUUAAAACUGUUAAAACUUGCUGCUGACACAUCCUACGCCCAUGAGCACAAAAUGUAAGACUGUGCCAAAGACAAGCGACCAGGUUGCCUGAUGUAGCCAAUCUGCGUACAAAGACAAAUAUAAAGGCAUAGCAACGUCAUAUAUGGUCAUGUAUGGCUCAGUUGGUAGAGCAUGGCCCUUGCACCACCAGGGUUGUGGAUUCAAUACCCGCAAAAAUUGUAUUCACACACGACUGUAAGUCGCUUUGGAUAAAAGCAUCUGCUCAAUGGYUAUUAUUACAUCAGAAGAUCUUCAGAGAAGAGACAGGAGAAUACCGUAAAUGUCUAAACAAUUGUAAAAAUCUGUUCUUAGAAAAUCAUGCAUGCACUUAAUUGACAUUAAUUACAGCAAUUUCUAUUACCAAUAGUAAAGACAUCAUGGAGAACGGGGCACGAUUCCUUUAAGAGCACUUUUUAAUAUUUAAGGAUAAUUGGAACUUUACUGUUACAAUGUUUUUGUUGUCAUGGUGAUGACUUAGUGCCAGGUCAGAGGUAAUAUAUCUCCUCCAUCUUGUGCUUGUUGCUCAWCUGCAUCUGAAAUGGCACCCUAUUCCCUUUAUAGUGCACUACUUUGUCCAGAGCGUCAUGGGCUCUAGCCAAAAGUAGUGCACUAUAUAGGGAAUAGGGUGCCAUUUCAGACACAUGUUUCACUUAGACUAUGUCCCUCAAACUCUUCCAGUGUUUCUCUUCUAUUAAAAAAGUGAAUGUCAGUUUAAAUAUACCCCAUGUUACGACACCUGCCUAUCAUUUAACAGACUCACAAAACCAUUUACAUAAAUUGUGGAUUUGUUGUCGUUUUAUCUCUGUUUGAAAUGUUUCCCAUUCUUGCUCUACCUACUCUCAUAAAAGUAUAAGCAAUUUGUCCAGUCUGGACAACUGUAAAAAGGUUAGAAAAUAUUUUAUUUUUCCUUUCUUAAUUGAAGCAAUUUGACCUGCAGGACUUUCUCAGUUAUAUUGCAUGGGUGCUUGUAAAUAAGAUACAAAAGUAAAUCAUUUUUUAUUCAAAGAUCAUGUAAUAUAAACAAUGUAUUUAGCAUGAAGCAUGACUUAUUUUCAUAUAAACUUAGAUCCUACAAGAGAAAACAAAGUUUUUGCAGACARUUCUUAUACCCUCAAUUUUGUUUAAUUUCAUUUAGAUUAUUUUUUGUAGUAAAUGAAUAUUGUAUUUCUUCAGAUGAGCAGGUUAAUAAAGACACAUCUUCUCCAGGGAGAAAUGUUAUGGGGAAAUCACUCUGCAAUUAUGAGGCCCUUCUACUCCGGGCUUUAGGUAUAACAGACCUGGGUUUAAAUACUGUUUGAAAGCUUUCAAAUACUUUGAACGACCUUGUGUGCCAGAUGGGCGGGGUUUGUACUUUGGGAUUUUUCUAUUUGUUCCAUUGAGGCAAGCUCUAUCAAGCACAGCCCAAGUAUUUUAAAUGAUGUCAAAUACUGUAGUGUUUAAACCCAUGUCUGUUAGGUAUGAGGCUAGAUUGAAAAGCCUCUAGUAUGGUUUUCAGUCUCAUGCCUCUUAAAAGAUAAAUAUGUCAAUGUUCUAGUGUUUUUCAGACGUUAUCAAUAGUGUGUGUUUGUGUGUGUGUGUGUGUGAGUGUUUGUGUGUGUCCAACAACCAUACACCCUUUAACAUUGUGCCUGUUCUCAAGGCUUUGUGUUCCGAUGUCUUUGAUUGACAUGAUUUUAUAUUGAACAGCACAUAUUUCUUUAUUUAUCACAGUAUUUUCUCAUUUUGUGAAUAUGUUACUAUUGGGUCCUAGUUUUCUCCUGGCAGAAACCUCAGUGUAAACUGACGGAGUAGAAGGAACUGUUUAACAUGGAAUUUAGAAUUCAUCAGAAUGUUCUGAACAAGUUCCACUGUUCUAAUUGGCUCCCUAGCCUACACCAGAUUAGCAUAGGCAAACAUUUUGUUCAAAGUUAUGUCAGAUACAAUAUAUUAAUGUAUGACUCAAUUGAGCCUGUUUUUAUGGAUUAUUUACUUUGGUAAAAUGACAGUACAAAGGAAAAGUAUUAUAUAAUGAGCGAUGUUUAAACCCUGCCAAUUGUUUAAGUUGAGUGAUUCAGUACAUUUAGCCCUGCCGUAGAAGAUUAGCGUAAGCUAUAAUGAGAAUACAUUAAAGCCUUAGUCAGUUCAUGCUCUGGUAUGUUGGUAUAUACAUGCAUACAUUUACAUUUGACCUUUAUUUAACUAGGCAAGUCAGUUAAGAACAAAUUCUUAUUUACAAUGAC